CCCCGCCUGCCGGGGCUCCGGGGUGACACUGGGGCUUCGCCUUGGCAAGGGGCGAGGGCAGCGGCGGAGACGGAAGGCGGCCGGCGCGGCGUGCGUUUAUUUAAGUGCCUAACUCCCACUGAUGAAGAUGGGUUGGAAUAACUGCUGAAACUGCCUUUGGUUGACAAGACACACUCUAUUUGUUUCACUGAUUUUUGUUUACUGCUAUGACCUUUACUGUAACAGAUGAGAAACUUGGAAAAUAAAAUGAACGUGCUGUGGUCUUGAACCUUCUUUUUGAGGAAAAAUUAAAAGUGCCAGAGUGAAAGCCAGAAUGGCAUCCAGAGAGAGGCUCUUUGAACUUUGGAUGCUUUAUUGUACAAAGAAAGAUCCAGAUUACCUGAAGCUGUGGUUGGACAACUUUGUUUCUAGCUAUGAACAGUUCUUAGAUGUUGACUUUGAAAAGUUGCCUACCAGGGUGGACGAUGUGCCUCCAGGAAUAUCUCUGCUUCCUGACAAUAUUCUGCAAGUUCUGAGGAUUCAGCUACUACAGUGUGUUCAGAAAAUGGCCGAUGGGUUAGAGGAGCAACAACAAGCACUGUCAAUUUUGCUUGUCAAGUUCUUCAUUAUUCUUUGCAGGAAUCUAUCAAAUGUGGAAGAAAUUGGGACUUGCUCUUACAUUAAUCAUGUUAUCACCAUGACAACCCUCUACAUUCAGCAAUUAAAAAGCAAGCAAAAGGAAAAGGAAAUGACAGAUCAGACAUCUAUUGAAGAAUUUGUGAUCCAUGCAUUGGCAUUUUGUGAAAGUUUAUAUGAUCCAUACAGGAACUGGAGACACAGAGUUUCAGGGCGAAUCUUCAGUUCUGUUGAAAUGAGCAGGCAGAAAUAUAAACCAGCUUCUCUCACAGUGGAGUUUGUUCCUUUCUUUUAUCAAUGUUUUCAGGAAAGUGAACAUCUUAAGGAAAGUCUUAAGUGUUGCUUAUUGCAUCUCUUUGGAGCCAUUGUAGCCGGUGGGCAGAGGAAUGCUUUGCAAGCAAUUUCUCCAGCCACUAUGGAAGUUCUAAUGAGAGUUUUGGCAGAUUGUGAUUCGUGGGAGGAUGGAGAUCCUGAAGACGUGGGUAGGAAGAUAGAACUGACUCUGAAAUGCCUUACAGAAGUGGUGCAUAUCCUUCUCACUAGCAGCUCUGACCAGCGUCAAGUGGAAACCAGUACAAUCUUGGAAAAUUAUUUCAAAUUGCUAAAUUCAGAUCACUCAGCAUUACCUAAACAAAGGAGGUCCCGGCAGUGGGAAAGCCGGUUUAUAGCUCUACAGAUCAAGAUGCUCAAUACCAUCACAACCAUGUUAGACUGCACAGACAGGCCUGUUCUUCAGGCCAUUUUUCUUAACAGCAAUUGCUUUGAACACCUCAUUCGACUGCUACAGAACUGCAAGCUGUUUUUAAAUGCUAACAGUAAGGUGGCAGACAAGAACGAGAAAGAUCUUGCCAACAAAUUACUGACAGAAAUGAAUGAGGACCAGGUGUUUCAGGGGCAGUUAGAUUGUUUGGCUGUGUCAACCAUUCAGGCUUUGACAGCAGUGAUGAAGAAAUCUCCAGCUGCUAAGGAAGUAUUUAAAGAAAGAAUUGGUUAUACACACCUAUUUGAGGUAUUAAAAUCUCUGGGUCAGCCACCACUGGGACUACUUAAAGAACUUAUGAACAUGGCUGUAGAGGGUGACCACACUUCAGUUGGUAUUUUGGGCAUCAGUAAUGUCCAUCCUCUCUUGCUUCUUAUCCAAUGGCUUCCAGAGCUAGAAUCACAUGACCUGCAAAUCUUCAUCUCUGAUUGGCUGAAAAGGAUUUGUUGUAUUAAUAGGCAGAGUCGGACUACCUGUGUCAAUGCAAACAUGGGAAUUAGAAUUAUUGAAACCCUUGAUUUCCAUUCUUUUCUACAUCGAACUUGUGCUGAGAACUUGAUUGCACUCCAUGGCUCCUUGGGGAGUCAGUCAGUGAGUUCAGAAGAAAUACGUAGACUCCUCAGAUUGCUGAGAGUGGAUGAAUCCGAGUAUAUUCACCCUUAUAUAACGCCUGUGACUCGAGCAAUCCUGACAAUGGCACGAAAACUAAGCCUAGAGAGUGCACUGCAGUAUUUUAAUUUAUCACACAGUAUGGCAGGAAUUUCUGUGCCUCCCAUACAGAAAUGGCCAGGGUCUGCAUUUUCUUUCACUGCUUGGUUUUGUUUAGAUCAGGAUCAGUUAACUCUUGGCAUGGCUAGCAAAGGAGGGAAAAGAAAACAAUUAUACAGCUUUUUUACAGGAAGUGGCAUGGGUUUUGAAGCUUUUAUUACCCAGUCAGGUAUGUUGGUUGUGGCAGUGUGCACAAAAAGAGAAUAUGCAACAGUUAUGCUUCCUGACCACAGUUUCUGUGAUUCUCUCUGGCACAACAUAACCAUUGUUCAUAUGCCUGGAAAAAGGCCCUUUGGUCAAAGUCUUGUCUAUAUCUAUGACAAUGGACAACAAAAGGUCUCUGCCCCUCUCAGAUUUCCUGCUAUGAAUGAACCUUUUACUUCCUGUUGUAUUGGUUCAGCUGGGCAAAGAACCACCACUCCACCUCCAUCCCAAAUCCCAGAUCCACCGUUUUCUUCUCCCAUUACUCCUCAUCGGACAUCAUUUGGUGGAAUAUUGUCAUCAGCCUCUUGGGGAGGAACAAUGGAAAAAUCAAAAUUAAUUACUAAAUUAAUAUCAGCUGGAACACAAGAUAGCGAAUGGGGAUGUCCCACGUCCCUAGAGGGUCAGCUAGGGUCUGUUGUCAUCUUCUAUGAAGCACUGCAGCCUCCUCAGGUGAAGGCAUUGUACUUAGCAGGUCCAAAUUGCUUAAGCCCUUGGAAAUGCCAAGAGACUGAAAUGGCCGACCUGCCCAGUAAUAUCCUCCUCCACUACACAGCAAAGGCCUGCAAAAAUUCAAUAUGCCUUGAUUUAUCUACUAAUUGUUUGCAUGGGAGAUUAACAGGAAAUAAAGUAGUGAACUGGGACAUUAAGGACAUCAUCAACUGUAUAGGUGGAUUAAAUGUACUCUUCCCUUUAUUGGAACAAAUCAGUCACUUCAGUGAAGGACAGACUUCUGAAGAAAUGAACGAAAAUACAUUUCCUGAAUUAAUAACACCUGUAGAACAAGAAUAUAUAUUAGCCUCCGCAAAGGCAUCAGAGUCAAGACUAGAGAAAAACCUCAUUGCCACAUUUAUCUUGAUUGUGAAACACUUGCUUCAGAGGCAUCCUAUCAACCAGGACAAUCUUAUUCAGUCCCAUGGAGUUGCAACUCUAGGGGCCUUACUUCAGAGGGUGCCAGGUACCUUAAUGGAUGUUAAUGUAUUGAUGGCAAUUCAGUUACUAAUUGAGCAGGUAUCAUUAGAGAAAAAUACAGUGCUGCUGCAACAAAUGUAUCAGUAUUUACUCUUUGACUUUCGAAUCUGGAAUCGUGGAGAUUUUCCUCUUCGAAUUGGUCAUAUACAAUAUCUUUCAACCAUUAUUAAAGACAGCAGGAGAGUUUUCCGAAAGAAGUAUGGGGUGCAGUUUCUUCUAGAUACACUUAGGAUUUAUUAUGGGAAUGGUUGCACAUAUACUGAGCUAUCUCCAGAUGAUAUUCAAACAAUAAGGUCUUCUCUGUAUGGACUAAUUAAAUAUUUUAUGUGUAAAGGUGGAACUCAUGAAGAGAUACAAAGUAUUAUGGGUUUCAUAGCUGCUACUAAUGAAGAAGAACAGCUCUUUGGAAUUUUGGAUGUCCUCUUGGGUCUUCUUCGUACCAGUCCAACUAGAGGUCAGCUUUUCUUACUGCUGUUUGAACCAGGAAAUGCUGACAUACUUUAUGCUUUGCUGCUAAAUCAGAAGUAUUCUGACAAACUAAGAGAAAUCAUUUUUAAGGUUAUGGAACAAAUGUUGAAAUGCACAAAUGUUUACGAACGUAGUAAACAACGUAUUCGUCUUAGAGAAGUUGGCUACUCAGGAUUGGGACUCCUCCUUAAUGACACAUCUAUUAACACUUCCCUCAUUAAAAACCUUAUCAAUCAAAUCACAAAUACAGAUCCGGUUAUUAAUUUCAGAGACCUGUUAUCUGUAGUAUAUAUAUCUCACAGAACACAUGUAAAUGUCAGAGUGGUCCUGUGUAGAAAGAUAUUACAGAUUUUGCAUUCCCAGCCAGAUGCAGCAUAUCAGAUAUCACAACAAGUGGGUUGGCAAGACACUUUGGUUAGACUUUUUUUAAAAGCAAAUUUUGAAAAUGGAAAUUGUCUUCAUAAAAAUGAGAGGGCUGUUUUAAUGAAAGAAAAUAAAAACACACCAACUGAAGAUAUUAAGAAGAACUUUGAAAAAACAGAUGAGGAAAAAAUCACUUCAGAUCAUUGGAAUUUGGAGGAUAGACACUUUCUAAACUCAAAUAUACCAUUAUUUCAAGAUGAUAACUCUGUGGGAGAAUUGUCCUUCAAGUCAGAGAAUCAAGAAGAAUUCUGGCAUAGUAACUCCUCACAUCUGAGUUUAGAUCUCAGUGGAAUUGACUCAUGUGAACUGAGUGAUAGUGGAAGUCAAAUGCCAGACAGCUUACCCAGCACACCAUCCCCAGUAGAGUCUCCUAAAUUAUUUUCUGUGCAGUCUGACAAAGAAAGAAGCAUCACAAAUGAGAUGAACUUCAGUGACGACUUCUCUUUACUUGAAAGCCAAGAGAGAUAUGAGGAUGAGCUCCUUCAAUUGCUGACAAAUAUUUUGAAUUAUAUAAUGUGUAAGGGGCUAGAAAAGUGUGAUGAUGAUAGUUGGAUUGAACGGGGACAAGUGUUUUCAGCACUAACUAAACCAGGAAUUUCCAGUGAGCUACUUCAACCAUCAGAGGAAGUAAAACUUAAUUUGCUACAGAAGAUGUUAGAAUGGGCGGUCACAGAAAACAGAGAUGCCAAAGGUAAUCCAGUAACUGCUGAAAAUGCCUUUCGACUCAUGUUGAUCAUACAGGAUUUUCUACAGUCAGAAGGACUACUUAAUUCAAAUAUCUGGACUGAUAAGCUUUUAGAGGAUACCAUGCAGCUCCUUGACUGUCUGUCAGUAUGGUAUGCUGAGAGUCCAGUGUGGGGAAAACUCUCUCAAAUUCAGAUACAGUUGCUCCUGGAAUUCAUUGGAAGAGGCAGUUUGCAGGUUUGUGCAAUGGCCUCAGCUAAACUAAAUACCCUUCUCCAGACAAAAGUGAUCGAGAGUCAAGAUGAAGCCUGCUACAUUUUAGGAAAGCUAGAACAGGUUCUCAGUCAGUCAAUCAAGGGACGAACAGAAAUCUACUCAUUUCUGAUUCCUCUUCUACGUACUCUGGUGUCCAAAAUUUAUGAACUUCUCUUCAUGAACUUGCACCUGCCUUCUUUACCUUUUACCAAUGGCAGCUCCUCAUUUUUUGAAGAUUUUCAGGAAUAUUGCAAUUCAAGUGAAUGGCAAGUUUACAUUGAAAAAUAUAUUGUACCUUACAUGAAGCAGUAUGAAACGCAUACGUUUUAUGAAGGUCAUGAGAAGAUGGCGCUCUACUGGAAGAGUUGUUAUGAAUCCUUAAUGGUGAAUAUGCAUAAACGAGAUCGGGAAGGAGGAGAAAGCAAGCUGAAGUUCCAGGAGUUUUUUGUGGAGCCAUUUAAUCGAAAAGCACGCCAAGAAAACUUGAGGUACAAUAAUAUGCUUAAACAGCUUAGCAGUCAACAACUAGCAGCUGUUCGACGCUGGAAGGCAAUACGACUCUAUCUUACAUGUGAAAGGGGUCCUUGGGCUGAAAGGAAACAGAAUCCAAUUCACUGGAAACUAGCUAAUGUAGAAAAUUAUUCCCGCAUGAGACUUAAACUGGCGCCGAAUUAUAAUUUCAAAACUCAUGAGGAAGCUAGUGCCUUAAGAGAUAAUUUAGGUGUCCAUCAUUUACAGCCUUCCAGUGAUUCAUUGCUUUUGGAAGCAGUAAAACAAGUGAAAGUUAGUGAUAUGGAAGAAGAUAAAUUAGAACUUCUGGAAGAGGACAUGGCAGCCAGAGCAAAUAUUGAUGAGAAAGAAGAACAAGAUCAAAAAGAAAAACUGGUGUUAACCGAAGACUGUGAGCUCAUUACAAUAAUAGACGUAAUUCCUGGCAGAUUGGAAGUCACUACUCAACACAUUUACUUCUACGAUAACAGCAUUGAAAAAGAAGAUGGAAUAGGCUUUGAUUUCAAGUGGCCUCAUUCUCAAAUUCGAGAGAUUCACUUACGGCGGUACAACUUAAGGAGAUCAGCCCUUGAGAUAUUUCAUAUUGACCAAUCCAACUACUUUCUUAAUUUCAGAAAAGAGGUUAGAAACAAAGUAUAUAGUAGACUAUUGUCACUUCAUUCUCCAAAUAGUUUUGGAACCAGAUCACCACAGGAGAUAUUUAAAGCAUCAGGAUUGACACAGAAAUGGGUGAACAGAGAGAUAUCAAAUUUUGAUUACCUCAUUCAAAUAAAUACAAUGGCAGGACGAACCUAUAAUGAUCUUGCACAGUAUCCUGUGUUUCCCUGGAUUUUACAAGAUUAUACUUCAGAAGAGUUGGACCUUAAUAACCCCACUGUAUUUCGAGAUCUCUCUAAACCAAUUGGAGUAGUUAAUGAAAAAAAUGCCAAAGCUAUGCAAGAAAAAUAUGAAAGUUUUGAGGAUCCUAUGGGAACAAUUGAUAAAUUUCAUUAUGGGACCCACUAUUCUAAUUCUGCGGGUGUCAUGCACUAUCUUAUCCGCGUAGAACCAUUCACCACCCUCCACAUCCAGCUUCAGAGUGGAAGGUUUGACUGUGCAGAUCGACAGUUCCAUUCCAUCCCUGCUACCUGGCAGGCCCUCAUGGAUAAUCCAUAUGAUGUGAAGGAACUUAUUCCUGAGUUCUUCUAUUUCCCAGAGUUUUUGGAAAAUCAAAAUCAAUUUAACUUGGGUCACCUGCAAGUUACCAAAGAGCCUGUAAAUGAUGUAAUUCUCCCCAAAUGGGCAAAGUCAGCUGAAGAUUUCAUCUAUAAACAUAGGAAAGCUCUGGAGUCUGAAUAUGUUUCUGCUCAUCUACAUGAAUGGAUAGAUCUUAUUUUUGGUUAUAAGCAGAGAGGGCCGGCUGCAGUGGAGGCACUCAAUGUUUUCUAUUAUUGUACUUAUGAAGGAGCUGUGGAUCUUGAUGCUUUAACAGAUGAAAAAGAAAGAAAAGCCUUAGAAGGGAUGAUUAAUAAUUUUGGGCAAACACCUUGUCAAUUGUUAAAGGAACCACAUCCUCCAAGAUUGUCAGCAGAAGAAGCAGUGCAAAAGCAGACCAGAGCUGACACUUCAACCCUAAACAUCUUUCAGUACCUCCCUGAGCUGAAGUCAUUUUUUAUAGAGGGAAUUAGUGAUGGUAUUCCGCUAUUGAAGGCCAUCAUCCCCAAAAAUCAAACUCGUUCUUUUAUGUCUCAAGGCAGUCCUGAGUUACUGAUAACAAUAAGCAUGAAUUACAUUGUUGGGACUCAUGGAUGGCUACCUUAUGACAGAAACAUUUCUAAUUACUUUACGUUCAUCAAGGAUCAAAGUGUGACAAAUCCAAAAACUCAACGUACUAUGAAUGGUCCUUUUGCUCCAGGGCUGGAGGUCACUUCUAAGCUAUUUGUAGUAUCACAUGAUGCGAAGUUGCUCUUUAGUGCUGGAUACUGGGAUAAUAGUAUUCAAGUGAUGUCACUCACAAAAGGCAAAAUUAUCUCACAUAUCAUCAGACAUAUGGAUAUUGUGACUUGCCUAGCUUCAGAUUACUGUGGAAUACAUUUGAUUUCUGGUUCCAGAGAUACUACAUGCAUCAUAUGGAAAAUAACACAUCAGGGAGGCACUCCUGUGGGCUUAUCGUCUAAACCUUUCCAGAUUCUUUAUGGACAUACUGAUGAGGUACUAAGUGUGGGCAUCAGCACUGAACUCGACAUGGCAGUGUCAGGAUCGAGGGAUGGCACUGUGAUUAUACAUACCAUUCAGAAAGGUCAGUACAUGAGGACUUUACGACCACCUUGUGAGAGUUCCCUGCUCCUGACCAUUCCCAAUCUGGCUAUAUCUUAUGAAGGUCAUAUUGUUAUCUACUCCAGCACUGAAGAAAAGACUACCCUUAAGGGUAAGAACACAUUACACCUGUUUUCUGUAAAUGGCAAAUAUCUUGAGUCUCAAGUCCUAGAUGAACAAAUAUCAGACGUAUGUAUAAUUGGAGAACACAUUGUCACUGGCAGCUUACAAGGGUUCCUGUCUAUAAGGGAUCUGCAUAGUUUGAAUCUCAGCGUCACUCCAUUAGCCAUGCGAUUGCCUAUCCACUGUGUUUCAGUAACCAAAGAAUACAGCCACAUUCUUGUAGGUUUAGAAGAUGGCAAAUUGAUUGUAGUGGGUGUUGGCAAGCCUGCUGAGAUGCGUUUGGGCCAGAUUUCUCGAAAAUUGUGGGGCUCUAGCAAGCGGCUCAGCCAGAUUUCAGCUGGAGAAACGGAAUAUAAUACUCAAGAUUCCAAGUGAUUAUUAUUUCCGUCUUCUGUCUUGGAUAACUGAAAUUUCAUGUAUUGCUUUGUCACUUUAACCACAUCUCUCCACUCUCCCAAAAGCUUUAAAAUUUUUAUCCCUGAAAAUCAUCUAGGGAUUACCAAAACUCAGUAUGGUAGAUGUGAAGAUAUGGGUUGAGGUAGGUAUGAUGGCACACACCUGCAAUCUCAGCACUUUGGAGAUUCAGCAGGUGGAAAGUAAAUUCGAGACCAGCCUGGAUUGCAUAUAGAAAGGCCCUGUCUCAAAAACAGACAAAUAAUAAAUAAUAAAAGCAGGUAGAUGUAGGUUUACUAUUAACCCAUUUUUUAAAAAAAAUUUUUGGUUAACAUAUUCUAGUGUCAUUAACCAGUCUGGAUUACUAGGAUGGAUUUGAGAAAAUACAUUUGAUUCAAUUUAAUGGUUCACCUCUGAAGAGCAUUCAACCCAUUUUCAAAAACAAACUUACAGUAUUAAAAAUUUAGGUUCAAUUAAGUUAUUUGAAAUACUAAGUGUUAAGGUAUUUCUAUAAAAUAGUAUAGCUAAUGGGACAGUUGAGAGAUAAUGGCAUUUCAUAGAUUCUUUAGAAAAUUGUUUUUCUGUUUACUGACUACCACAUUAAAAAAAUACCAAUUGACUCAUGAAAGUCUUGAUUAAUUUUAAAGGUAUCUGUUGUACAAUUUUCAGAAGUUAAAGGUUUGCACAAUUAGAUUAAAAUACAAAUAUUUAAACUGGUACAUGGGUU